CUCAAGUCUAGCUGGACUAUUUGUAACUCACCUUUUUAAGGCUUACCAGAGUUGACUCAGUAUAUAAACUAUUGGGUUUGCAACGUUUUCAAACUCAGCUCCGCCAUUGUUGAACAACUUCCUUCUCAUUUCUCUGUUAUAAACUGAGCUUCUUUUGUGAACUGCGAACUUCUAUAUAUAUACUUACACAUGUACAUUUACGCAUACAGUUAGAUAUAGCAGCUCGUCCUUCAAUUUCACCUCCUGAAGCUACUCCUUAGGCGCCCAAGCAAAAGAUUUUGGCGUUUGCUUUUUCCGACGAGUAUGGUUGUACUUCUUGCCUCCGUUGCUGUACCUUCGAGCUCGUCGUCGAUUUUAAAGCUCGCCGAAGCUGAAAAAAUCACUGGACGAUCCUUUGCUGCGGUUGUACUUUCAGCUUCUGUUAUGGUACCUUCGGAUUUUCGGUGUUGUCGUGCGGAUAAGAGGUUGAAGACAACCCCUGCGUAUUGUGAUGCAGUAAAUUGUCGAACAAAUUUAGAAAGUAAAGAGAUGACGGUGACACCAAAGAUAUCCAUCAACGAGGGGAACCUUAUGGUUCAUAGGAAAACGAUACUCAAAGGGGUGCCUGAUAACAUUUUUCUAACCCAGGGAUUGGGUUCGAUGGCUGGUGCAUUUAUCGGUGCCAAAGCUUCGCAUAGCAAAAGCCUUCAUGUCUUCCCAGUUGGUGUCCUAGAGGGUGUACGGUUCAUGUGCUUAUUCCGAUUCAAGCUCUGGUGGAUGACUCAGAGGAUGGGGACCUGUGGUAAGGAAAUUCCUUUGGAAACCCAAUUCAUGCUUGUGGAGACUAAGGAUACAAGUGAAGUCGAGCGUGAAGACAGCCCGACUAUCUACACUGUCUUCUUGCCGCUUCUCGAAGGCCAGUUUCGUGCUGUUCUUCAGGGAAACGAGAAAAACGAGCUCGAAAUCUGUCUCGAGAGUGGAAUGCAAAUUGUGGGAUGCUUUGCGAUUAAGAAAAAUCCCAAGGGAGAUAAUGCAGUUCAAACCAAUCAAGGGAAUUGCCUUGUUUACAUGCAUGCCGGGACCAAUUCUUUUGAAGUGAUCAACCAGGCUGUGAAAGCUGUCGAGAAACACUUGCAAACAUUUCAGCACCGAGAGAAGAAGAAGCUUCCCUCGUUCAUCGACUGGUUCGGGUGGUGUACAUGGGAUGCUUUCUACACCGAUGUCACAGCUGAGGGCGUUGAAGAAGGACUAAAGAGGCAAUUCCACUCUUGCAGCUUGUCUGAAGGAGGCACGCCGCCCCGUUUUUUGAUUAUAGACGACGGCUGGCAACAGAUAGGAAGUGAGGCCAAGGAAGACCCGAAUUGUGUUGUUCAAGAGGGCGCUCAGUUCGCAAAUAGGCUAAUGGGACUUAAAGAGAACGCAAAGUUCCAAAAGAAAGACGAAACCGACGAACACGAAUCUGGUCUGAUACUCGUCGUGAGAAAAGCCAAGCAGCAGCAUAAUGUCAAGUAUGUGUACGUGUGGCACGCUUUGGCCGGCUACUGGGGUGGGGUCCACCCCUUGGGUCCCGGCAUGGACCAUUAUCAGACUGCAUUAGCAUACCCUAUCCAGUCCCCGGGAGUCCUCGGCAACCAGCCGGACAUCGUCAUGGACAGCCUGGCGGUCCACGGUUUGGGCCUUGUACACCCCACGAAAGUCUUCGACUUUUACAACGAGCUCCACGCCUACCUGGCAUCGUGCGGUGUGGACGGAGUCAAAGUCGAUGUGCAGAACAUUAUCGAGACCCUCGGGUCUGGUCACGGCGGGCGGGUCUCCCUCACCCGAAGCUACCACCAGGCGCUCGAGGCUUCCAUUGCCCGGAACUUUCCGGAUAACGGGUGCAUUGCAUGCAUGUGCCAUAAUACGGAUGGGUUGUACAGCGCUAGGCAGACAGCUGUAGUAAGGGCCUCGGACGAUUUUUAUCCACGUGACCCUGCAUCACACACGAUCCAUAUCUCGUCUGUGGCUUAUAAUACCGUGUUUUUAGGAGAGUUCAUGCAGCCCGACUGGGAUAUGUUUCAUAGCUUGCACCCAGCUGCAGAGUAUCAUGCUGCGGCUCGAGCUGUUGGUGGGUGUGCAAUCUACGUUAGUGACAAGCCUGGUCACCACAAUUUCGAGCUCCUGAAGAAACUGGUACUUCCGGACGGGUCCAUUCUCAGAGCAAAGUUGCCCGGACGGCCCACACUAGACUGCCUCUUCGUCGAUCCAGCCCGAGAUGGAACAAGCUUGCUUAAAAUCUGGAAUGCGAACAAGUUUUCUGGGGUGGUUGGAGUAUUCAACUGCCAGGGGGCCGGGUGGUGCAAGGUGGCUAAGAAAACGCGCAUUCACGAUGCUUCGCCUGGGACUCUCACUGGCUCUGUACGAGCCACGGAUGUCGACAUGAUAGCUGAAAUAGCUGGACCGGAUUGGAGUGGAGAGUGUGUUAUCUAUGCUCAUCGAACGGGGGAGAUUUUCAAGUUGCCUAAAGGGGCCUCCUUACCAGUUACGCUUAAAGUUCUCGAAUAUGAACUCUUCCAUUUUUGCCCCUUGAAGAAUUUGAAGGGAAACAUAUCGUUCGCGCCUAUUGGUUUGCUCGACAUGUUCAACUCCACUGGUGCUCUCGAGCACUUUGAGGUCAUUUUAGAGAAAUCAGAUGCCUCGACUGAUAAAGAAUCAACUGGUGCGAAAAUCGGGCUCGAGGUAAGGGGAUGUGGCCGGUUUGGAUUCUACUGUUCGCAACGACCCUCAAAAAGCACGGUUGAUGGCAAGGAGAUCGAGCUUAACUACGAAGCCUCGAAUGGGUUGGGUACUCUGAUGCUUCCGGUUCCACAUAAGGAGAUGUACAGGUGGCGUGUCGAAAUCGAAGUUUGAGUACUGUUUUUACUGUAUGGGGAGAGUCUGGAAUUUUUAUUCUUGAAUAUGGGUCUAUGGGUUCAUGUUGUUGGAAGUGCUUUUUGCGAGGAAAAGCUACAGAAGUUUCUCUAUGAAGUGAGGACAUGAAGUGUUUGUUGUACUUAGUAACAUAUUCAAGUUUACUGCAAUAAAAUUCUAUGUUUUAUUGUACAAUAAUAUCUCAUUUAUCCUUUAAUUCUCUCAAUAAACACAAGAAACUUAGAGGCUUGAUUCCGUUUUAUAUUUUUG